GGCUCAGAGCCCAUCGGCAUUCAAACUCGUGCCCUUAUAUAUAACAUUUAAAGCCGAAAAGCCCAGUCACAUCGUUGGCCCAAUCCUAGACAGAAAUAUCUACGACUGAUAGCAUCAUCUUCUUCUUCCCAACCAAAAACGCGAGCACCAGAGCUCCGUCUCUGCAACCUCUCAAAUUCGACGGAAACAAACAAUGGAAGAAGAAUAACGCUGCAGUCUAAACCACAGCAGCCAUGGCGUUCUCAGGAGUGCUGACCGUCACCACGUCACCCUUACUGCAUUCAAGCUCGAUGUCCUCCUCACCUUCAAUUUCCAAGGUAUGCAGCAAACCAACUUCUCUAAUUUCUUGCUCUUUGACACCUACGCCGCCGUCUGCCACCGAUUCUACUUCUAGAUUUUCCGCGGAGCCACCGUCUGACUCUAUUACUACAACUAACGUGAAAACCGCUCAGAAAUUUAGCUACAGCAGAGCCUCCCCAUCAGUCAGAUGGCCCCACUUGAAACUAACAGAAACUUACCCCUCACCACCUACACAAUUCACCGUUGCUUCUCCUCCGCCGAACCAUGUCGUCGGCGAUUCCCCUGAUGGUGGAGAGGAAGACCAGAAUUUGGGUUCUGUGGGAGCUUUGGAGGAGAGGAAUGACGAAACCCAACAAGUGCUGGGGAGGCCGAGCAAAACCAAGGCGAAGAAAAUGACGAAACUUGCUCUCAAAAGAGCAAAAGAUUGGCGGGAAAGAGUGAAGCUUUUUACUGAUAGGAUUUUGGGGUUGAAAUCCGACGAGUUUGUAGCCAAUGUGUUGGAUGAUAGGAGAGUUCAAAUGACUCCGACUGAUUUUUGCUUUGUGGUGAAAUGGGUAGGCCAGUCGAGCUGGCAGCGCGCAUUGGAGGUGUACGAAUGGUUGAAUUUACGCCAUUGGUACUCCCCAAAUGCUCGAAUGCUUGCCACUAUCUUGGCUGUUCUUGGAAAGGCUAACCAAGAAGAAUUGGCUGUGGAGAUAUUUCAAAGGGCUGAACCUGGAAUUGGGAAUACAGUCCAAGUGUACAAUGCAAUGAUGGGUGUUUAUGCUCGAAAUGGUCGGUUUAGCAAGGUCCAAGGACUGCUCGAUGUAAUGCGUGAGAGAGGGUGCGAACCGGACCUUGUGAGUCUCAAUACUUUGAUCAAUGCUCGGCUAAGGUCAGGUGCAAAGACACCAAAUUUGGGAAUUGAACUUUUGAAUGAGGUGAGAAGGGCGGGUCUUAGGCCUGAUAUAAUCACUUAUAACACUCUUAUAAGUGGCUGUUCGCGUGAAUCUAAUUUAGAGGAGGCAGUGAAUGUUUACAAUGACAUGGAAGCACAUAAUUGCCAACCUGAUCUUUGGACUUAUAAUGCCAUGAUUUCGGUGUAUGGGAGAUGUGGAGAGUCAAGCAAAGCCGAGAAGCUCUUUAAGGAAUUGGAGUCGAAAGGGUUUUUCCCAGAUGCAGUGACAUAUAAUUCUUUGUUGUAUGCUUUUGCAAGAGAACUUGAUAUAGAGAAAGUAAGGGAUAUUGGUGAAGAUAUGGUGAAAAUGGGGUUUGGUAAAGAUGAGAUGACGUAUAAUACCAUCAUCCACAUGUAUGGAAAGCAGGGCCAGCAUGAUUUAGCAUUUCAGGUUUACAGGGACAUGAAAAUGCUAGGCCGGAUUCCUGAUGCUGUUACCUACACUGUGUUGAUAGAUUCACUUGGAAAAGCAAAUAAGAUAACACAGGCUGCUAAUGUAAUGUCAGAGAUGUUGGACAGUGGAGUGAAACCCACUCUUCGGACGUAUAGUGCUUUGAUGUGUGCAUAUGCCAAGGCUGGUAAACAGGUGGAGGCUCAAGAGACAUUUGAUUGCAUGGUUAGGUCGGGUAUUAGACCUGAUCAUCUGGCAUACUCCAUUAUGUUGGAUAUCUAUCUAAAGGUCAAUGAGACAAAGAACGCAAUGGCAUUGUAUCACGAAAUGAUGCAGGAUGGUUUCAUGCCAGAUAAUAUUCUCUAUGGGGUCAUGCUGCGGGUUCUUGGAAAAGAGAAUAAAUUGGAAGGCAUUGAAAAAGUGAUCAGAGAUAUGGAAAACGUUGGUGGUAUGAACCCACAAGUUAUCUCUUCUAUUCUUGUUAAGGGAGAAUGCUAUGACCAAGCUGCCAGAAUGUUGAGAUUAGCUAUUAGUAGUGGCUAUGAACUAGACCGGGAAAAUCUUUUAUCUAUUCUUAGCUCGUAUAGUUCAUGUGGAAGGCACUCAGAAGCAUGUGAAUUGCUUGAAUUUUUGAGAGAACACGCUCCCAGUUCCACCCAACUGAUAAAUGAAGCACUGGUUGUCAUACAAUGCAAGGCUCGUGAAUUUGAUGCUGCCUUGGUGGAAUAUAGUAAUACCAGGGGAUUCCAUUCUUUUAGUAGAAGUCCUACCAUGUAUGAAAUUCUUAUUCAAGGCUGCCAAGAGAAUGAACUCCUUGGUGAAGCUUCUCAGGUUUAUUCUGACAUGAGAUUAUAUGGCGUUGACCCCUCUCAACAUCUUUACCAAAUUAUGGUGCUCAUAUAUUGUACGAUGGGUUUCCCUGAGACAGCACAUCAUUUGAUUGAUCAGGCAGAGACAAAAGGCAUUUUAUUUGACAAUGUCAACAUAUAUGUUGAUGUUAUUGAAGUCUAUGGGAAAUUGAAGCAGUGGCAGAAAGCUGAAAGUUUGGUGGGAAGUCUCAGACAGAGAUGUAAAUCAGUGGAUAGGAAGGUCUGGAAUGCCUUGAUACAAGCUUAUGCUGCAAGUGGUUGCUAUGAGCGAGCUAGAGUGAUAUUUAACACAAUGAUGAGAGAUGGUCCUUCCCCAACAGUAGAUUCUGUUAAUGGUCUUUUGCAAGCUCUGGUUGUUGAUGGGAGAUUGGACGAACUCUAUGUUCUAAUCGAGGAGUUGCAAGAUAUGGGUUUUAAAAUAAGCAAGAGUUCAAUUCUCUUGACACUUGAAGCAUUUGCUCGAGACGGUAACAUAUUUGAGGUUAAGAAGAUAUACCAAGGAAUGAAGGCUGCAGGCUAUUUUCCCAACAUGGAUUGUUUCAGGAUUAUGAUCAAGUUAUUGUGCAGGGGAAAACGAAUAAUGGAUGUUGAAGCAAUGGUUUCUGAGAUGGAAGAGGCAGGAUUCAGGCCUGAUCUCUCAAUAUGGAAUUCUAUGCUUAAGUUAUAUGCAGGAAUUGCGGAUUUCAAAAAGACAGUUAAAGUAUACCAGCGGAUUAAAGAGGCUGCACUUCAACCAGAUGAGGAUACUUAUAAUACUUUAAUCAUAAUGUACUGCAAAGAUCGUAGACCAGAGGAAGGUUUGUCAUUGAUGCAUGAAAUGAGAAGGCAGGGGCUAGAACCUAAGUUGGAUACUUACAAAAGUUUAAUUUCAGCGUUUGGUAAGCAGAAGUUGUUGGAUCAAGCUGAGGAACUAUUCGAAGAGUUAAGGUCAAAUGGAUGUAAAUUGGAUCGCUCAUUUUAUCAUACCAUGAUGAAAAUGUUUAGAAAUUCAGGAGACCAUGACAAAGCUGAGAUGCUGUUGGCUACGAUGAAGGAGUCUGGAAUAGAACCCAACUCUGCCACAAUGCAUUUGCUUAUGGUUUCUUAUGGCAGCUCUGGACAGCCUCAAGAAGCUGAAAAGGUGCUUGACAAUUUGAAAGUAACUGGCUUAGAUCUUGAUACGUUACCGUAUAGUUCAGUUAUUGGUGCUUAUCUGAAGAACGGAGAUUAUAACAUUGGAAUUCAAAAGCUCAACGAGAUGAAGGAAGGCGGUCCGGCGCCAGAUCAUAGACUUUGGACUUGUUUUAUAAGGGCUGCAAGUUUGUCUCAGCACAGAAGUGAAGCUUUUAUUCUCCUAAACGCACUGCGUGAUGUUGGAUUUGAUCUUCCUAUCAGGCUUGUGACCGAAAAUCCUGAAUCGCUAGUUUCAGAAGUAGACUGUUGUCUAGAGAAACUAGAACCCCUAGAAGACAAUGCAGCCUUCAACUUUGUCAACGCAUUGGAGGACCUUUUGUGGGCAUAUGAACUCCGAGCCACUGCUUCAUGGGUUUUCCAAUUGGCCGUAAAGAGAGGCAUCUAUAACAAUAAUGUGUUCAGGGUAGCUGACAAAGACUGGGGUGCUGAUUUUAGAAAGUUGUCAGCUGGUUCUGCUCUUGUUGGUCUUACAUUAUGGCUUGAUCAGAUGCAGGAUGCAUCCUUGGAGGGUUAUCCAGAGUCUCCGAAAUCAGUUGUCCUGAUAACGGGAACAUCCGAGUACAACAUGGUUUCACUUAAUAGCACAUUGAAGGCAUGCCUUUGGGAGAUGGGUUCGCCUUUUCUGCCUUGCAAAACACGAAGCGGCCUUCUAGUAGCAAAGGCACACUCCCUCAGGAUGUGGUUAAAGGACUCCCCGUUUUGCUUGGACCUUGAGUUGAAAGAUGCCCCAUCUCUCCCCGAAUCAAACUCAAUGCAGCUCAUCGAUGGAUGCUUCCUAAGACGCGGUCUCGUUCCUGCGUUUAAGGAGAUAACUGAGAAGCUUGGACUAGUGAGACCAAAGAAAUUUGCUAGAUUGGCUCUGCUAUCAGAUGAAAAGAGAGAGAAGGUUAUCGAAGCUGACAUUGAGGGGAGGAAAGAGAAGUUAGAAAAAAUGAAGGAAAAGGGGGAACCGAGGAGGGUGAGCAGGAUUAAAAGGCUUGGGAAGAGGAAGUAUGUAAGACCAAUGUUGUCAAAUACCAAACAUAUUGUAUCAGCAAGAAAAGCCUUCAAAUAGAUAUGUAUAUGGAGACCCCAUUGGGAAGAAGCUUUGAGAUAUUGAUUUUCGCUAUUUGGGUGCUUCCAUUUGCUGCUCCUCUUCUCAUCGGAGCAGUUGCCAACAACCUUUUUAUUAAGAUGGCUAUUUGAAUGGCUAAGUGUGUUGUGCGAAAUUUGGAAUUUGGACAGGGUGCUGUCGGGCUUGUAAGAGGCAAUUUGUUGGUUACAAGAAUCGAGUAAUCCGUUGUGGAAGCUGUGGAAACAGUGUGGCAGCCAGAUUUUCAAGAGACGGUAGGGGAGGCCCUUCUUCGUCAAAGUCAGAGCCGGAGAUUAUUGAUGUUGAAGUUGAUGAGAAAUGAAGAGAAACCCAAGAUGUGGGGGAAAAUCGCGUAUGGUAGACUUUUAGAUUACAUACAGAGCAAUGAGAAGGCACAAGAGUUUUUACUUUAAUUUUGAUACAGAGUCUUGUUCUUUGCUUUCGUGUCCGUGUAAAUAGUGCCAUCUGUAUUAGUUCUUGCAAGAAUUGUGCAACAUGCCAAUGUGUACAUCUUUUUCUCUACUGGGAAGACUCGGAAAACAAAAUUCAUGGCCUUGUUAGUGA